AUGAGUGCAUACAAAAAUUCAACUCAAACCGAACCGACAAUGAACUCAGAAGAUGUCGGUUAUCAGGAGAAUAAUCCGCACAGACCGCCGAGACAAGGAGGAGCGGGGGUGUUUCUUCUUCCAAAAAUCGAUCAGACCAGGAAACUCAUCACCAAGAUUCUUGCGGAAUUGAGGAAAAGGAAGAAACCACCACCAUCAUUAUUCGUGACCCGAGCGGAUGAUGAAAAUCGUAACACUUACAAUACGGAACACACAUGCGACUUAUUGAACCAGUUAAAAGAUGUUUUGGUAGUGUGCGAUUUGCAAGGAAUCAACUUUGCAGACAAGUCACUCUCGUCGCUCGAAUCAUCCCGUUCGCGGGGAGACCCGUACCGAAAAAAACGAUCCGGAAUACUCGAAAACAUACUGGCAGUGUUAUAUGACAUCGUUCAGAACGACUGUCGCUACAAAGUUCUCAAUCCUAGACCGCUACGACCACCGUACGCUUUGCAUGCCAUUGUCAUUGAUGUGGCACACCUUUUGAUAAAUCAAAAUCCUAAUUCGCCUGCAUGGCUGUAUGAACUUGGCAUGACCAUGAUACAAGGGUUCAAUUGUUUUGGCGAUUCGAUGCGCUCACGAUUGUUGGAGUUCUAUGGUGAUUUUCUGAUUCCACAAUUGAUGUCAUUCAAGAACCCGGGGAACCUCAAGGGUAGUAGAAAGACGGGAGCUUUUCGGAGCGACAAUUCCUUACAGCUCAUGAGCGACGACAGAAUUUCAUUGGCGAACAAGGAAAAAUCGCCGCACAUCAAUAUAACCAUAGAUGAUGAGGAAGAGGAGGUCACACCGCCCGUAGCCAUUGAGGUUCAUCUGUCGGACUCUGAUGGUGCAUCUUUAUCCGACGUCGAUUUGACCGACGACGAACAGAGCAUCAGUCAUAGGCGAAAAGCGGCCAGGAUUUUAUCGAAGAAAUUAUCCAUCUCAUAUACCGGGGAAUUCAACAUUGAUGCUUAUUAUAUCGAUUCCAUGUUUACACCGCUUUUGUUUUCGAUGGUUCAAUUCGUUACAAUCGAGGAUUCUUCUUUGGAAACAUUGUACCAAAUGAAUAAAACGUUGGGGCUUAUGAUACUGCAAAAACCCGAUCUCUAUCUCGACAUAAUAGAAAUAAUGGCUCACGGCGAUCCCGCUAGCCGCAUGCUGGCUACGUGUAUGCUCUUCUCGUUUUGGGGGAGUAGCAUUGGACUUCCGUCGAUCGGUGAGGAUUUGCUCGCCAUGAAAUAUUCCGAACACCUAAGAGCACACGAAAAUCUUCAGAGUGGCGUCGAAGAUUAUUCGCCGCCAAAAGUUCACAAUCACCAAUUGUACUCGCACAUAUUCUCCGAUCAUUUUUUAAACAAGAGACAAAAUAAUAACGACAAAUAUUCAUCAAUCAUUGUGAAUAAUAAAAAUGCUCAACUCUCUUCGCCUGCUGAUGUUUCAAAUUCGUGUUUUCAAUGUCACAAGCCCGUCGUUGGGUUUGGAUUGCGAUGUAACACCUGCAAAUUGGGGUUGCAUUUCGAAUGCUAUAAUUCGGAUGAUGGCGGAUUUUUAACCGAAUAUUCAUCAGAGUCCGGGGUUCACAAAAUGUCGACGCCAAGAUAUAGCAAUCUUAUGCACGGACCCAGAGAAGUAACUUCAAUUAACAAUCAGACUGCUGACUCUCACGCCAACAUCAUUUCAGCGUACAUUUGUGGACACACCUUUCACCUCAUCAACCUCUUUACCCUGACUUUGUGUAUGAUAUGUCGAUUGCCGUUGUGGGGCAUUAUGCAUCAAGGUUACAGGUGUGCGACUUGUAACCGUUUCAUACAUUCUUCUUGCUUAAAAUCCAAGAGUUUGGAAACAGAUGUACCUUGCCAUCGAUCUUUCCUAAGCGAGAGUGAUGCAUUGAUUGAUCACGAAAGUUUACGUGAGAGUUUCAAGAGCUAUUAUGACCCAAUCCUGAUUUCCGAAGAAAGAAUUUUAACGUACAACUACGAAGAAUUGUCGAUCAUGGCUACAAUAUUUCAGAUGCAGAACAAUAUAUUGAACAAUGGGUUGCUGGCCGGUUGUUUGAUGAUAAAACCCGAGUUUCAAAAUCCACUGUCAUCGAAAAGCGAAAGAUUCGAAAAGUUCGAACUCCAGGAAGCCAUCGCUCUUUACGAGUCGUACCUCGAGAAUGGGAAGGUUUUUUUGACAUCGAGAUCUAACGAAUAUUGGGAAGGGGUUCGCAGAAGAUGCGAUUUGUGGAUAAUUUCUAGUGAAGAUUAUCUGACUCAUUUAGCUUCAGUAAUUAAAUUUGGAAUUGAAUCCGAACUGACCGAUGUUCAUUUGAGUGUCAACGCAUUAGUAGCCAACCUGAUGCCUUCGGCAGACAAUAAUGUUGUAUCCCCGGAUGGAAUUUUAAACACCAAGGAGCUGAUCAUGUGGGUGAGAAAGCAAUUGGGAUUUCAUAGCGACUUUUCCGCGAAAAUCCUUUUGCAACAAAUGGCCAAUUAUGGCCUCUUGGAUAGAAUUGACGGGUACCCAAUAUUAUUUGAUGAUGCAAACAUCGAGGGAAUAAAUGGUCACGAAUGUUUAUUUCCAUUGCCAUUUGCGAACGAAUGUUCUCCUACGGUAGAAACCUUGGUUGCUUCAAUUUCCGCGUGCUUGUCGGAUGUUAAUGUAACAGUUAAUGAGUGUGGUUUCCUCCUGAUGACAAGACGUUGUUGGCCGGACCCUUAUUUGUCGAAAUAUGUGCUGGAACGGUUAAUCUAUUCCAUUAUUGAAUGGGUCUGUGACGAGGACGAGAGAUUGGUUCUAAUCGCCAAAGAAUAUACCUCCUCGCACCACAAACCUCCGGGUGUUCGUUUAGAGGUAGAAGAGAAACGCGGUGAUCUCGGUCAUUCCAAUCAAAGGAUGUCGUCAUAUGUUCCUAACACUUCUGGCGGAGGGGUAUACCUUUUGAGCCGUCAGAUGCUAAAGGAGAACUAUGUCUCGAAGUGGAUGUCAACAAUUCGGGACAUGGAUGGUGAAUUAUUUUGUGACAUAGUAUACGAGCAGGUGUGGAGAGUAUACGAAGAUCGAAGACAGCGCGAGGAGUCGGAUGACGAUUCGGUCUUUGUGGAAUUGAAAACGUUGCACAAAAUGUUCAGCACCAUAAAAACCUCCCAGAGAUCUGCCUCGUCGUCGGAUCAGCCAGUUUCAUCGCUGGAUAAUGUCAUUUCGGAUCCGCUCGAGAUGAUCACUCAAAUAUUUGAAGGAAAUGAUGAGUACCAAUUGACCAGAGUUUUGCAAUGGAUGGAUCUGAUAGUACGCUCGGGUUGUCCGCUGGACAAUAUAUAUAAUAUGGGGAUAGUGGACUUACCUCCGGAUCGACCCUCACAACAAAGCAUUCCCAAAAGAAUCUCCAAUAUUCCGGAUCCAACUCAAGGCGCUAAUAUUACGGUGGAAUCGUCCUUGAUGCAAUAUCUGUUAGAAUAUGCAAGAUUCGAGAAGCUUGAAGUUCGCAGAGAUGUGGUCAAAUCGUCUUGGCAACUUUUUACGACAGCGGGACUUAUAUUUAAUAAGAAUGAAUUCAUCAUCAACAGCGUGCCAAAAUUAUUACCUAGUGUUUGGGAAGAACUUGCUCCGAUAAAUGAUUUUUCCUCAAGCAUAACGAUGCCCCUGUUGAUAAGGAUGAUCUGGGCUGAUUCUCAUUUCUUUCUCGCUUCUAUCAGCAAGGUGUUUGAACAUCAAAGCUGGGAAUUUUUACUGACCAAGAAUUUUUAUUACAGAUUUGAUGGCCUCGACAAUUUGUAUAGCUUGUUUUCCAAACUCGAUGAAAAAUUUGAGGUUCAAAGGGCCGGGGUGUUUGCUUAUUUGGGACCAGUAUUUAGUUAUUUUGUCUGUUGUCUCUGGGAUCGAGAGGAAUACGUUCGGACAAAGGCCAUAACAUACAUCAGAGCCAUGCGUCCACAGCAUCUUCGUCUAGCGUUCAAGUGUUGGGAAGGAUAUUUUAUGGUGGCCAAUAAUCGAGAGAAAACCUUGUUAUGCCGAUUUAUGAUAAAGCUAAAUGCAAAAUUUCCAAAGUGGAAAGUUAUCGAAUGGGAUAUUCUAUUGGAUGCGUUGAACCAAGAGAGCGAUGAAUCAGAAACCGUGUCUGAAACGGAAAUAUUGGAAAGUUACGUUCGUCCUGACAGUAUUCUAGUUGUCGGUCUCAAAAAUUUCCAAGAAGAAGCUGCUUAUUCGACGCCUGGUCAAAGGGCCGCGGAGGAACAAAAUUUAAAGGUUGUAAUGUUAACUCUUGCACUCCAAAUGUUGGCGAAUGGCAUAGAUAUAACGCUAGAGCAAAUUACUAAACUCAAGUAUUUGAUCGUAAAAAGUCUGGGAUUUGCUGAUUGCAAGCUCGAGUUAAUUAACGAAGUAUACAAUUUAUCGUACGGAGAAUUAAAGUAUAAUCCCGAAGAUUUUACGCAAGACAUGAUAAUGAUGUCUUGCCUUGGAAAUCUUAAAAGAAUGCUCGACACGCCAAUUUAUCCUCAAUACACGGGCGAAACGUCCGAGGAAACCGUGUCGCCAGUCGACAAAGAGGACGAAUUAUUAGGGGGAUUCUUUGUGGACGUCGUAUUUGCUUUGUUUAAUUCUUCGGUGGAUAUGUCAAAGUUAAGUCAUCUUAUGUUGAAACAUAAAAUCGAGGAUAGGUAUAAUAAGGAACUAGAAGAAGCUGUGAUCAGUGUGAUGAGGAAAAUUUCUGAUUUACUGCAAAAAGAUAUCACCGAGGAAAACAAACAGCUUUCCAUAGAGUUGGCAACCGCAUUACUAAAGAGAUCACCCAUGUUAACCGUUAAUAUUCUUGGAAAACAAAUUAUUGUGCUCGGGAAACUUUUGACGAAACUUCAAAAUGAUACCAACAAUCCAUUGGUUAUUAGCGCCACUACAUUCUUGAGGACGGCUUUUCUAAAGUUUGCACGAAAUGGAUUGUUUGUUUUGAUAUUCAAGAAUCAACUGGUUGCCGACGAAAAUCACACAGAGCUCGAUAUGUAUCAAGUUCUUCGGAAUGUAAUACAAGAUCAGCAAAUCCCAACUGAAAAUGAAUCCUCGGAACCUUUCUACCUUCGUGAUGAACCGAUUCGAGAUGUAUUUAAUCAGUUAUUUAAAUUUACAAAUCGAAAAAUAGUUUCAACGAUCCUAUUUAAUUUAAGCAAAUACGUGGAACUUGAGCUAAAUCCUUUCAUACAUGUAAAUCAUUCACACCAUUCAGAAUUAGGUCAAUUCAUAACGAAACUGGCCAAACACACUAGCGAAUGGAAGGGAGUAGACUGGGAUGUGAACCCGGUGCUUAACAUGUUUUCCGUGAUUAUGAAGAAUAAUUCUGCUAGCGCAAAGCAGAUUUUAGUACAACCCAUGAGGGGCUUUUUAAAACAAGUCAUCAACAAAUGCCCUUUGACCAUGGAGUCGCUCGUCAAAUUACUGUCGGCUUAUGAUGCUAUUAAUGAAACUACGAAUGUUUGCGAAAUUAUUAUCGAAGAGAUGAAAGCUACCUUCAGAGUUCGCCUCUUAAACCGGAUUUUAUUGGGAACCUUGAUAGUCGAUUCUUCAGCUAGCCCAAUAACGACUGUUUUUGACUUUCAGGAUAAUAUCGCGGAUCUCCUGUUGCUUGCUUUAAAAAAUCCAUUGAGUGAAGUGGCCGGGGAGAUGAAUUAUCUAUACACACCAUCCGGCGAAUUGGCGUAUCAAUCGUUCGUUUUGAUUAAAAUUUGGACAACCUUAUGUUCACUUAUAUCCAAAAAGCAAGUAAAGGCGCCAUUUCAGCUUCCCUUAGAAAGAGAUCAACAGGACAAAGAUAAAGGCAAAGUGGUCGGUGCACCGAGGGUGCAUCAGAAACUAUCUGCCGCUUUAUCGAUAGUUGAAAGGAAAUUUUGGAAUUCCAUAUGGCCAAGCAUUAAAAAAACAUUGGUUGGAACCAUCAUUGAAAAGGAGCUGCAGCCAAGUGGAGUGGCGUAUUGGGAAAUGUUUGUCGAUCUGGUCACAUUCUUGUACUUUUGCGGAUCGGAUAUUGUCAUGCUAUACUCACAAGAGUGGUUUGCGCUUGUGGACACCAUAUCAAAGGAUGAAUUCGCAAUGUACAUGUCACCAGAGAUUUCCCAAAAGAUAAAACAAGCACAUUCAAUGUUCAAUAAUCCGCCAUUGAUGAUGCAGGAAGAUAUGUUGAUUACUCGAUUGUAUUUAGAAAUGAGAGAAGCCAUGAGAUUAUACUUUGAAGUCAAUGGCAGUGGUGUUGGAAAAUUAUUUGGAGCUUACAUUUAG